AUGGUUACUACCCCUACCCCUCUCCAGACCUGUGCCCACCUGUAUGAGCUGCGUCAGCGUGUGGGCCUGCCGUCUGAGACACGGGACCCUAUCGGGCGUUGCUAUGUCCUGAGUGAGGACCUGACAGAGAGGGACGACUUGGACGGAGGGGAGUGGAAGUUCUGCGAGGGGCGACCCCAGGGACACGAACAGUUUGGCUUCUGUCAGCAGGGCCUGUCUGCCGCCUUCACACCAGACAACAACUUCAUCAUGUUCGGCGCUCCAGGAACGUACAACUGGAAAGGAGAGAUGCGUGUCCAGCUGCUAAACCAGACACUGUUGGAUCUUGGUUUCUAUGACGACGGGCCUUAUGAGGUGGCGGAUGAGAAACAGCUGAAUGCUCAGCUGAUCCCCGUUCCCUACCAUAGUUACCUGGGUUUCUCGGUGGACUCUGCUAACGACAUAAUGAGCCAUGGGGAGCUGACCUUCGUGGCAGGGGCUCCGCGAGCCAAUCACACGGGAGCGGUGGUGCUACUGCGUAAAGACAACGUGUACCGCCUGGUGCCACAGCACAUCCUGUGGGGAGAGGAGCUGGGUUCUUCCUUCGGGUACUCUGUGGCCACGGCUGAUCUCAACAGUGAUGGCUGGACAGACCUGAUAGUGGGAGCUCCCAACUAUUUUGACAGGAAGACAGAGAUCGGAGGUGCUGUGUACAUCUUCCUCAACCGAUUCGGUAACUGGGAGUACGCUCAGCCAAUCAGGCUCAACGGAACUCAUGACUCCAUGUUUGGACUGACCGUCAACAAUGUGGGAGACCUGGACCGGGACGGAUAUGAUGACAUCGCUGUGGGGGCUCCGUUCGAUGGAGAUGGGAAAGUGUUCAUCUACCGAGGCUCGUCCUCGGGCAUCGACCCCAAGCCUGCACAGAUCCUGGAAGGGGUGAAAGAGGGGGUGAAACGGUUUGGCUACUCCAUCUCAGGCGGCCUGGACAUCGAUGGGAACCUGUACCCUGACCUGGCAGUAGGCUCUCUCGGCGAUAAGAUGGUUCUGUACAGGUCUCGCCCCGUCAUUCACGUGACCCGGGAUGUAUCCAUCGAACCUCAGCACUAUAUUGACUUGGAGCAACACAACUGCAAGGGGAGAGAUGGAGUGUGUGUGGAGGUCAAAGUGUGCUUCACCUAUACUGCAUAUCCAGAGUCAUACUCACCAAACAUCACCCUGGUUCUACUCUUCGAGGCUGACACCGAGCGCAGGAAGCUGGGCCUGCCCCACCGUGUUAGCUUCUUGGCUCGGAGUGCACAGGAGGCGGAGUACACACACACUGAUGAAGUGGAGCUGAAGGGUCAACGCCAUCCCGCCUGCCGGAGCGCCACCUUCCAACUACACGAGAAUAUCCGUGACAAGCUGCGUCCCAUCGCCCUGGCCAUCACCCACACUAUCAGACCCCACAUGUUGUCCUCAGACACUAACCCAGAGGAACAACUGCCUCCCGUACUGGGUGUUGCCACCUCCAACACCCUGCACUCUGAGGUGAAUUUCCUGAGGGAAGGCUGUGGUGAUGAUAAUAUCUGUCAGAGCAACCUGAAGUUGACCUACCAGUUUGGAACCCGACCUAUAACCUCUGACCUCUUCACCCCUCUGCCAAAAGAUGAUGAGGAGGCGUCCAUUUUCUCUCUGUCUGACCAGAGGUCCGUGGUGUUGGAGGUGACUGUCACCAACAUGCCCUCUGAACCUCUGUACCCUGAGAAGGACGGUGAUGAUGCCCAUGCCGCCCAGCUACUGGUGACCCUGCCAGACACCCUGUCCUACUCUGGCUUCAGGGGACAACAGGUGGUGUGUCAGGCCAAUCAGAAUGGCUCUCAGGCAGAGUGUGAGCUGGGAAACCCCCUGAAGAGAGAUUCUAUCCUGAAGUUCUACAUGAUCCUCGGCACCUCUGCUAUCACCAUAGAGACCACGGAACUCACUGUCAACCUCCUGCUGGCUACUAUCAGUGAGCAGCCAGACCUGGCCCCAGUCACAGCCGUGGCUAAAGUCGUCAUAGAGCUCCCUCUGGCUGUCAGCGGGGUGGCCCGGCCACACCAGCUGUUCUUCAGUGGUGCUGUGAAGGGGGAGAGCGCUAUGGAGACUCUGGACGACGUGGGCAGCGCUCUGGAGUUUGAGUUUACGGUGACCAACACUGGACCGUCCCUGCAGACUCUAGGCUCUGCCUUCCUCAACAUAAUGUGGCCUCAUGAGCUGUCCAAUGGGAAGUGGCUCCUGUACCCCACCGCUUUUCACUUCAAGGGCCAUCCAGAAACCCACUGUAGACCACACACCUCCCUCAACCCACGGAAGUUCUCCCACAGCUCUCCUUCUGAAGACCAGCCACAGGCUACAUUCAGGAGGAAGGUGCGAUCCCACCCGGACGACGAGGGGCAUGUGAUGACCAAGGGCAGUCUGGGUAGGACCACGCCCGCUGUGGCUGCCUCAGAGAGACGGAAGUCACUCAAACUGGACUGUCUGCUGGGUUCAGCGCGUUGCGUCCUUUUCCAGUGUCCUCUCCUCAGCUUCUCCGGCUCUGCUGUCCUCAAGAUCCAGGGACGUUUGUGGAACAGCACCUUCCUGGAGGAGUUCCCAUCAGUCAGUGCUCUGGAGCUGCUGGUAAGAGCCAACAUCACAGUCAAGUCGAGCAUCAAACACCUGGUGCUGAGGGAUGCUGCCGCACAGAUCCCAGUGAUGAUUUACCCAGAGGUUGGUCUGACUGCCCAGUACUCGAUCCCUUGGUGGUGGAUUCUCAUAGCCAUCCUGGCUGGUAUCCUGGUGUUGUCCCUGAUGGUCUGCAUCCUCUGGAAGUGUGGUUUCUUCCGUCGGGUCCAGUAUGAAGACCAAGUGCCUCAGUACCAUGCGGUGAAGAUUCCCCACCAGGACCUGCCCCAGUUCCAUGAGAGCCAGAAGGCAGGGGUCCUCCACAAGAAAGAGUGGACUACACACUGGAGCGACGGAACCUCCUGAUCGACAGCAACAACAAAAACAGCAACAACAAGGAAUUGAAUAAUAACAAACCCCUCGAUUCAACCCAUAUGGCGCUCACUAACUCUGCGGUGUAAUAAAUGUGUGCACACAGACUGGCCGUGUACAUUUGGGGCUACGUCCUCAUUCUUCACCCUUCUUCUGAAGUGGACUUAUUAAUGCUGACUACUCUCUCCUGCAUAUGUAUAUGGACAGUGAUGCUAACUUUCUACAUCGUCUCUAUAGUCCAGCAUUUUGGAUUUGAGAUCAAAUGUUCCGUAUGAGGUGACAGUACAUAAUGUCAUCUUUCACUUGAGGGUUAUUUAUACAUAUCUGAUUUACCAUUUAGAAAUGAAAGCACUUUAUAGAUCUAGUCCCCCUCAUUUGAAGAUGUCAUAAGUAUUUGGACAAAUUUCACUUAUAGCGUCAAAUGUAGUAUUUGGUCCCAUAUUCCUAGCACACAAUGACGACAUCAAGCUUGUGACGAUCCAAACUUGUUGGAUGCGUUAGAUGUUUCUAAAUACUUCUACAUGAAUGUGGAUGCUAACAUGAUUAUGGUUAUGGAUAAUCUUGAAUCAUGAAAGAUGAUGAGUGAGAAAGUUACAGAGGGUCAAAGAUCUUUCCCCCAAGACAUGCUUGUUAUUGGUAAUGUUGAGAGGUUAGCAUGCUAACCUCCAUUGUUAUUGGUAAUGUUGAGAGGUUAGCAUGCUAUCCUCCAUUGUUAUUGGUAAUGUUGAGAGGUUAGCAUGCUAACCUCCAUUGUUAUUGGUAAUGUUGAGAGGUUAGCAUGCUAACCUCCAUUGUUAUUGGUAAUGUUGAGAGGUUAGCAUGCUAACCUCCAUUGUUAUUGGUAAUGUUGAGAGGUUAGCAUGCUAACCUCCAUUGUUAUUGGUAAUGUUGAGAGGUUAGCAUGCUAACCUCCAUUGUUAUUGGUAAUGUUGAGAGGUUAGCAUGCUAACCUCCAUUGUUAUUGGUAAUGUUGAGAGGUUAGCAUGCUAACCUCCAUUGUUAUUGGUAAUGUUGAGAGGUUAGCAUGCUAACCUCCAUUGUUAUUGGUAAUGUUGAGAGGUUAGCAUGCUAACCUCCAUUGUUAUUGGUAAUGUUGAGAGGUUAGCAUGCUAACCUCCCUUGUUAUUGGUAAUGUUGAGAGGUUAGCAUGCUUUGCUGUAGCUUCUAUAACUUUUCUCACUCAUCAUUAUUCACAAUUCAUUCAUGAUUUUUCUUAAUCAUGGCAUUAUCAGGACUGAUAUAGAACUGUUCACAAACUAAUCACUGAGAUGGAAUAUCACUCUAAUCACCAUUCAGUUCCUAUGGGGCAAACUCAAAACCCCAGAAUCCAACCAAAACAAACUACGACUGCAUCCAAGAAGUGUAUAGAGUCACAAGCUUGACGUAGUCGUUGCUAGAAAUAUGGGAACAAAUACUACACCUUUGACUACUUUAGUACACUAUAAGUACAAAUGUGUCCAAAUACUGUCCAAAUACUUAAAUCAGACGUGAAAAUACCCUCGAUUAAAAGGUGACAUUCUGUCUGUCACCUCAUAUGGGGCAGCGUAGCCUAGUGGUUAGAGCGUUGUACUAGUAUACGGAAGGUUGCAAGUUCAAACCCCCGAGCUGACAAGGUACAAAUCUGUCGUUCUGCCCCUGAACAGGCUGUUCAUGCUAACCUCUCAACAUUACCAAUAGCAAGGGAGGUUAGCAUGCUAACCUCUCAACAUUCCACUGUUCCUAGGCCGUCAUUGAAAAUAAGAAUUUGUUCUUACUGACUAGUUAAAUAAAGGUAAAAAAAAUCUAAUAAAUAUGAACAAUUGAGCUGAAAUGAAGUAUAGAGCCACAUGUAUAAAUACAUACACUACAUAGUGUACAUCAAUAUGGCAUGAAAGUCCUACCUGGAUCAUGUCCCACAUGGUUUUUAAUGUGCCAUCAAAUUCAUGAAAACAUGUCAUCUAAAAAUGCACAAUGCAGAAAUCGCUCUGCCAUUUCCUGGUUGCUAAAAUUCUAAUAGUUUGCCAGCUUUUCGCACUUGGCAUUCUCUCAACCAGCUUCACCUGGAAUGCUUUUCCAACAGUCUUGAAGGAAUUCCCACAUAUGCUGAGCACUCAAAUAUAAAAUAUAAAAUAUAUUUAGAUUUGUUUAACACUUUUUUGGUUACUACAUGAUUCCAUAUGUGUUAUUUCAUAGUUUUGAUGUCUUCACUAUUAUUCUACAAUGUAGAAAAUAGCCAAAAUUAUAGUAAAAAUAAAGAAAAACCCUUGAAUGAGUAGGUGUGUCCAAACUUUUGACUGCGACUGUAUUUUCCAAAAAUAUUGUGUUUUCAGCUGUUUAAAGCUGGUGUGCAAAAAUUAAACUGAAGAACAGGAAGCAUAGAAAUCGCACACAUAGAAUAGAUAUAGCGCUUCUUAGACAUGCUUUCAAUGAGAAUGACAGAUCUAUAACUCACAAUUCUAUGUAAAUUUGUUCAGGUUACCCAAAAUGUUACAUAUUGCAGCUUUUAGGUAUAUGUACCAUUAUGCUUGUAUUUGUGGAUUCAGUUACUUCUACCUGAUGCCUUUCAAUAAGGUUUUCGAUUAAGAUGUAUUUUUCCUAAUCGAAAAUGAUAGAAGGCAUUGGGAAGCGUGUGCAGAUCCCCUUACUACACUCUUAGAUGCUGUCUAGAAUCUAAAAGGGUUCUUUGGCUGUCUCCAUAGGACAGGGCUCUCCAAACGUUCCUAGAGAGCUACCCUCUUGUAGGUUCACGCCAACCACUAUUGUAACUAACCUGAUUCAGCUUAUCAACCAGCUAAUUAUUAGAAUCAGGUGAGCAAAAACCUACAGGACGGUAGCUCUCCAGGAACAGGGUUAGAGUGAAAACCUACAGGACGGUAGCUCUCCAGGAACAAGGUUAGAGAGCCCUGCCAUGUGAGAACCAUUUUGUUUUCCAUUUAGGGCCCUUUAUACAGAGGGUUCAACAUGGAACCCGAAAGACUUCCAUCUGGAACCAAAAAGGGUUCUAUCUGGAACCAAAAAGGGUUCUAUCCGGAAACAAAAAGGGUUCUCCUUUUGGGACAGCUAAAAAAACCUUUAUGAAUAAUUUUUUCCAAGUGUUUGACUUGGAGUGCUUCUUGACCUAACUACUGAACUUUUAGAAUACUCAGGUAUUCAAACCAGCUACCUUUCAGUUACUGGCCUGAUGCACUAAUUGCUAGGCUACCUGCUGCCCUUAGACUUACCUGAGAGUUUAAGCUUAUGCGUUGAGGAAUUCAUAAUAACACUACAUCGCCUAAAUAAACAUGAAGAAACUACCAAAAUAUAGGAUAAUCUAGAUAGCAAGUCAAUACCUUACCCAGCUCAGAGUUCAUGGUACAGAGAUGCAAACUCAAAUGUUUAGAGGUCUUCAAUCAUUUAACCUCUAAGGGAUCGGUGUCCCCCUCGUGGGCCAGUUGAGCUAACAUAGGCUAAUGUGAUUAGCAUGAUGUUGUAAGUAACAAGACAAUUUCCCAGGACAUAGACAUAUCUGAUAUAAACAGAAAGCUUAAAUUAUUGUUCAUCUAACUGCACUGUCCAAUUUACAGUAGCUAUUAGAGUGGAAUAAUACCAUGCUAUUGUUUGAGGUAGAGUGCACAGUUAUGUACUAUCAAUAAAUCAAAUGGGCACAUUUGGGCAGACUUGAUACAGCAUUUUGAACGGUGAUGCAAUGGUUCAUUGGAUCAGUCUAAAACGUUGCACUUACACUGCUUCCAUCUAGUGGCCAAACUCUAAAUUGCGCUAAUACAUUGUGGCCUUUUGCAUUUCAAAGAUGACGAAGAACAAAACAACGAACAAAUGUAUUUGUUUUUUUCUUUGUAUUAUCUUUUACCAGAUCUAAUGUGUUAUAUUCUCUUAGAUUAAUUUCCACAAACUUCAAAGUGUUUCCUUUCAAAUGAUAUCAAGAAUAUGCUUCAGGUCCUGAGCUACAGGCAGAAGAUUUGGGCAUGUCAUUUUAGGCCAACAUUUAAAAAAAGAGUUUGAUCCUUAAUAAUAAUAAUUUAAUCUGUAAAGUGCUUUUCUCACAUCCAAGGCGCAACAUAAAUGUGAAACCUUGAUGGAAAUGAUGAUUGUAAACAAUUGUUUAUUACAGUUUUAUUUUGUAUUUGCAUAAAAGUGCCUUAUGGUAGAAACUGCAUUGUAAGUAUAUUUAUAACGGCCUUUUGAUUGUUUAUCCCAAUUUAAACACGUGCUUCUACUGCAUUUUAAAGAGACUAUUUACAGAAAGCGUUGCCAUAUUCUGUUGCAUUUAGAGGUUCUGAAGGUUACAGAACGUUAUGAAUGUCUUCUGGACUGGAUGGAAACGAGACGAGGAGCAGAGAUCCCUGGUGGAAUAUGGAGAAAAAUAGGAAUAGAAUGCAUAGAACCCAUAGUUAUAGAAAUAGAAUCCCUAUUAUGUUCUAUGUGGUGAGUCAACUUUGUAAUGAUUAGAUAUAGCAGGGAAAUCUUGUUAUAGCUGCAUGAGAGAAUAUCAGUGUUCAGAGUUUUUUUUGUCAUGAUUUUAUUUAUUUCUGACUGGCUGCCCUGUAUUACCAUUGUAAAUACCAACACAUCUCUAAGACUAAUGAAUUCAAAUUGACAGCUAACAGAGGGGAGAGUUUGAUGAGAAUCGACUGGGUUUGUUGAUGGUUUUUCUGUCAAAAUGCCAGAUCCUGCAUUUUGGCUUGUGGACACUAGAUGAUGAUAACACAUUCUGGUUUGACUUGGCUUGGAAAGAAAUACUGGUCCUGUAUAUAUAUACCAAACCCACCCCACUUCUCCUUUACCCAAAUCCAGACAGGUGAUGGUGUAUCUCUAUGUUUGACUGGGUGUGGUUCUCAAUCAGGGACAGCUGUCUAUCAUUGUCUCUGAUUGAGAACCAUACUUAGGCAGCCCUUUUUCCCACCUGUCUUUGUGGGAAGUUGACUUUAUUUAUGGCACAUAGCCUUUAGCGUCACGGUUUGUUUCGUAGUGUUUAUUGUUUUGUUCAGCGUCUUUUCAUUCUAAUAAAGAACAUGUACCACGCCA